AUGGAAGGUCUAUGGAUUUUCCUGUGGCUUAUGUCGCUGAGUUUGGUUUCACAACUUCCGGAGUCAGGAUGUCAGAUGUUAUCCUCCUCCUUCACUUGGUCAGCUGACCUUGACCUUCCAUGUGACCGUUACUUUGACUCCUGUUGGCAGUCCAUAAAUAUAAAGUCAGUGUCGGAUUGUGAAAAUAUUUGUACGGACUUCGGAAGCUCGUGUCUGUCUUUCACUUUUGGAUGGACUUCCGGUGUCUGUACCAUUUCCAACAUAUCGUCUUAUUUACUUCCGGUUGGAUAUAUGGACCUUGUGACGUCUAAGAACGUCAGCUUAUUUCAAAGAUCAAGAGGUGAAGUCAGUGACUUGUUCGAGAAGUGGCCACACUCGACUCUACCUCUGCCCAAUUCUUAUACAACCAUACUGGAGGGCAUAUCUUUGGCUACAUGCGCAGAAGAAUGCACAAGAAAUACCCACUUUCAAUGUCAGUCAUUUGACUUUAGGUCAGCGACACAGAGCUGCUACUUGUCUGAUACAAGAGCAGACCAAGAAGGAGGACGAUUAGAGUACUUUGAUGAUAUCGACCACUACGAGUACAAACAAAACGUGCAAGAAGAAACCUACACGAUGACCAGUAUGCUAGUUUCAAACCAGUCCUCGAAUGGAAGCUAUGCAUCCUGUAAGGACAAUCCAUGUGAAAAUGGAGGAAUAUGCCAGGAAAUUAAGAACUCGAACUUAUGCAUCUGUUCAACUCCGUACAGAGGCGCCACCUGUGGAGAAUUGAUGGAAUCAUGUAUGGAUAACCGUUGUGUAAAUGGUCAGUGCAUUAACGGUAAUGAUACAUACAUGUGCAAGUGUGAAGAUGGAUACACAGGACGACAUUGUGAUACUGAUAUCGACGAGUGUCUGUUGAACGUUUGUCACGGAUCCGAUUGUCGUAACACACCGGGAGGAUAUCAGUGUAUAUGUCCGCAGUGCCAGUUCGGACUCUGUGUCUACACCGGAAAUAUACAAGGCUGUCAAUGUUUCCCAGGGUUCAUCGGUUUAGAUUGUUCGGAGGAAGUCGAUGAAUGCGAGGAUGUAACAUCGUGUCUUCAUGGUACAUGUGUGGACUACGUAAACGGAGUGGAGUGCAAUUGUAAUCAGGGGUACACAGGAAGACGCUGUGACGUCGAAAUCAUUCACCCAUGUGACGGUGAUCCUUGUGAGUGCGGUGCCUGUGUGAUCGUUGGUGACACUGACUUCCAAUGUCAGUGUCCAUUGACGCGGAGAGGAAAACGAUGUGAGAAUUUUGAGGAAUUCUUUACCUCAAUUAUCGAUCCGGACGAUCUCACAACUAAAUUCUACCUGAGGGACGAUGGUGAUAAUGGCGUCCUGUUUGAAUACUUUCUGUGGGUUAUGGUUGCCGUCCUCGUCCUGUUAGUGGUCACCAGCAUCAUUAUGGCAGUAUGUGUGAGAGUGAAACGUAGCAGGUUCCAUCAAGAAGUGGGCGAGACAGAAAAUGGAACGAACAGUGUCCGCUCUGGAUCAUCGGAAGCCUACCGACGGUAUGACUUCUGA